AUGAUCCCCAAUAUCUCAACAAUCAAAAGUUCCGUCCUUCUGAUCCGCCCGUGCCACAGGGUACCACUCAUCAGUUAG